AUGGGAGCUGAAUCAAUUAAUAAUUCAACUGAUUCGGAUGAGCUUAUCGAUCCUGAGGUAUCUCUCUACGGUAGUCUGCUUGGUGAGGACCAAGGGAAUUCGGAUGAUACGGAAAAGGUCCGAGCUUUGGGCCAGAAUACGGUUACUACGACGACAACCUUGCCAUCGCUGUCGGCUGAUGCUGCAUUCUCGAAAGCCUCUAUUCCUCCAUCCGCCGCUGUCCCUCUGAUGUCUAUUCCUACAGCGGCUUUAUCCUUCCAUCACUCGUUAGAACGCGACAACCGUGCUUUAGAUUUUAUUUUACCUUCUCGUGUGCAUCAAAUGCCUCUUCUAGGCGCCCCCCAGAGCUCCUCUUUGUCGGCGAAGCAUCGUCAUUCAGAUCCUCCACUGUCACGAGGAUUCGCUUAUGAGUCAAAAAUGUUCAAUCCUAUCUCUUCAGCUCCAGUCCUGCCACCACAGCUGCCUCGGUCGUCGCUUACCUCUGCACUUCCUCAAUCACCCGCAAAGCCAUUGAAUGUGCACGAUAACUUUCUGCGUCAGUACCAGUUUCUCAAUUGGCAGCUCCUUUAUCAACCAUUUCAGCAAUCGCCGCAGCAACAGCAACAGAACCAAUUACACCAUCAGCAGCAGUCUUUUAUGCCGCCUUCCAUGGUCUAUGAGGGCGGUGUUUAUAAUCACCACAACUACAAACAGGGAAUUCUUCAGGGUCCUAACUUCUUCCAGCCGUCAUCGAGUUAG